UUCCUUGACCAGGGAAACGAAGUGUGGAUGUUCGGAUCAGCUUGCGCCCAAUGAAAGGAAUGACGUAAUGAUUCAACACUGCGAGACACCCUGAUUGAUACCCUACACCAAGGCACGGAACACUCCCAGCCAAGCGAGGCCCUGCAGGCCAUUGGUGAUGUCACCGACCACUUACACGGCGGAUUCCCUUUAAGGUGCGAUGUGUGAUGAGCGCAUGUAGCCAGCUCCAAAUACAUAUAUUUCUCCGCUACCCAUUGGAAUUCAUUCAGCAUCCUUCAUCAAGCACUACAGCAUAGUGGGAGCAAAUAAACAUCGUUACACAUCAAGCCAAACUCACAUCCAAGCGUUACCGAAUAAGAAGAACCACGAUCAAAAUGGGUGCCGUCGUCUCCUGUCUCGAAUCGUGCCUCCGCACCAUCGGCCGCACCAUCAUGGCCAUCAUCAACGGCAUCGGCGGCAUCAUCAUGGCCAUCGUCAGCGGCGUCGUGCACUUCCUCGACGUCAUCGUGGGCUGCCUGACGUGCAAUUACUGCAGCGGCAGCGGCCGGCGCCGCACCGGCAUGACGACGGGCCGACGGCGUGGCUUCGGCAGGCGGAGGUAUGCGGGGACUACGAGUGCCAUUUGAGGAUCCUGGCGAGAGUGCCAUGUGAAACGGAGGGGCAGGGGGGAAACGGAAGGACGUAAUUUAUCCUUUUCUUUCUUUUUGGUCUGGAGUGAUAAGGGUUGAUGCUUUCCCUUUCCGUUCUCACGCAGGCUUUGAUGAUUGUGGACGGAUGGCGUGAUAUACCCGGAUGCCCAAG